GUACCUAUGUAAUAUGUUGAUAAUAUUAUGACGUUAUUAAUAUUUACUAAUACGACAAUAAUAUCGCGGACAGCGAAAUAUUAAAGUUUGUAAACAACGCAUAUUACCCAUCAGUACCUACCACUACAACCACGCUCUCCGUCGUCGGCUGACCGACCACAGUCAACUUGUGCAUUAUAUUAUCGUAUUUUGUAAGAUACUUUAAUAUAAUAUGCCAAAGUACAAUAAUUAUCUAUUUAUAAAUUAUUUUUUCGAUUAAGUUUUUGUACCUUUGACGCAGAAAAUAAAUCGACCUAAAUCGCGACCGCACCAUGAAAUAUACAAUGAUUGACAAUGUUACAAUUUUAAAUAAUAUAAUAUUAUGUUAUAAAAAUUAUAAUUUAGUUUAGGUGUAAUCGUCCUCGAAUCAGAUUAAUUCCGAUCCGGUUCACAGCAACAGCUUUUGACAAAAUUGCGCAGUGCCCUAUUAUAAUAUAUUCUUUUUCCGCAAGAAAUGUCUUUUAAGCACGAAUCGCCACGGUUGUGGAAUCACGUCAUCGUAUAUCUCUUAUAUACCUGCAAUUUUUCCAUUUUAGCGUCAAGUCCAGAAUAUUUAGGAUGUUUUUUGAAUGAAGAUCUAAAUAUUUCAAAUGGUUUAAAUAUAUCACUCGCUUCUUUGACACCUCAAGAAUGUUCAGACGAAUGUUACGCAAACAAUUACACUUAUGCCGCAAUUAAUAACGAACCAUUUUGUCGCUGCACAAAUAAUUACAUGUCUAAAUUGACGAAGGAGUUGGAUGACGAUUGCAAUGGUUCGUGCAACGCUGCAAGAAACGGGUCAAACGAUAGGUGUCAAAUGCAUUUUAAAAUGUUCAAAACUUAUAAUACAAGUAUAAUAGGUGAGGAGAAAUAUCCUCAAGCGAUCUACCUAGGGUGCUUUGGAGAAAGAAUGGGUGACGAUAAGAACCGAUUGCUGAAAUUUCCCCACGAGAGGUAUGAUGAUAACAGUCCGCAAAAAUGUUCCGAAGAAUGUUUCAAAAUCGGAUUUCUGUACUCUGGAACCACAAAUGGAGAAAAGCAGGGAGCUGCUUGUUGGUGUGGCAAUCAAUAUCCCUCAGAAAAAUUCAAAAUAAGUGACGCGAAAUGUAACGCCAUCUGUUCGGGCGAUUCGUCCAAAAAUUGCGGUGGUCUGUGGAGAUUAAGCGUUUAUUCCACUGGAAUCGUCGAUUAUCCACUCAGAAAUUUGGUCGGGUGUUACAAUUUGGACGGAUUUAGUCGGUACGACAAGAAAGUAUACAUUUUAAAGGAAACCAUUGAUCCACACAGGUGUUUUUAUAUUUGCAACGAGAGAGGAUAUAAAUACGUGGCAGUCAACGAGGAUCAUUGCGAGUGCAGCGACGAAACACCGAGUGCAGACGAACGGAAAAAACUAGAAGAGUGUAGAAAAUGUGCUGGAGACGAAUCAGAAUAUUGUGGUGGUCCCGAACGUAUUAGUAUCUACGAAAACGAUUGGUUUGGCAUAGUUACCGGAAAUCUAUCAAGUACUCAUUUUGGAUGUUUUGAAAACUCUUGGAUGUAUCCAGUGAUGGAUGGAUGGAAUAUAUCAUUUCCUAGCGAAUUGACCACACAAAAGUGCGCUUCUAGUUGUUUCACCCGAGGGUUUCCAUUCGUAGCACUAGUGUCUUCGACGAAGUGUCUGUGCAGUUUCGAUAGUCCACCGGUCGAAGCCAAAGUCAAAGCGGGAGGACUGCAUUGCAACGUCACGUGUUCGGGUGGCACAGAAAGCGUGUGCGGCGAUCGCACCCAUUACAACGUGUUCACCACCGGCCUGAAAACGUCCAGGGUGGCCGGUGACCAUUACCUGGGCUGUUACGAGGAGACAGACGUAUACAGAGCGUUCAAGAAAAACCAGUCAGUCGAAUUCCCGUACGUCAACACGCCGAAAAUCUGCUCCAGGCAUUGCGACAGUGUGGGCUACGAAUAUUUCCAACUAUCCAACAGGGAAUCGUGUUUUUGCGGAAACAGCCAUCCGGCGGAUGACGGUGCGGUACGUGUCGACGACAACAAUUGUUCCGCUCAGUGCUCGGGUGACGCGAACAAGUAUUGCGGCGGAGUGUUUAAAAUCGCGGCGUUCCGUAUAGGAAUGGUGGCUGACAUACAAUAUAAUUGUUCUACAGAUUGCGAAUGCUAUUUUCUCCCAAAACGCAAUGUGUCCAAAAUUGACUGUUCGAAAAGUAACCUAAUUGACCCUUCUAAAAUUAUCCCUGAUUUAAAAACAACUUCGUCAUCUAUUGAUUUAAUUUUGAGAGACAAUUUGAUCGAAAUCUUACCUAAUUUAACAAGUUUUCAUCUCAAUUUAUUGGAUAUCAGUAAUAACAGUAUAGCGACAUUGGAUACCAAUCUUUUACCUAAAAGUUUAAAAGUUUUGUUCGCCGAUAAUAAUAAGUUAACAACCCUGAACGGUAACGUAUUGAGAUUAAUGCAAAGCCUAGACGUGAUAAUGUUAUCGAAAAACCCAUGGCCAUGUGAAUGUGAUUUGUUGAACACCUUUCUAAAAUAUAAAUCAAAGAUCGGAGAUAUGAAUAAAAUCACUUGCACGUCUUCCACAGUCCCCCUUGUCCACAUGAACGAAUACGAACUUUGUAAAAAAUGGAAAAUCAAUUAUUUUUACCUCUUCAUCGCCUUGGGUUUCGUUUCAUUUGUUUGCCUGCUGUCUGUCUAUUUUAAAUUGCACAGGAGUGUUUGGUUGUACAUAUUACGCAACAUCCAAUGCGAUUCCUGCGAUGUGAUGUCCGUGCAGCACACCAACAAUAAUGGUAAAGAUUCCGAGGAAACUUUCAUGCAACGGAUCCAAUACGACGAAUUAGUGUUGGCCACCGACAACUGGAACCAGAACCGCGUGCUGGGUGAGGGCGGCUUCGGGGUGGUGUACAAAGGCAAUUGGAGACACACGGACGUAGCGAUCAAAAGACUGAAAGCCGAGGGAGUAGCUGAAAAAGUGGUAAACAUGCACACUUUGGGAGACGGACUCUUACAGAACCCAUCGAAAGAGAUUAUGUAUCUAAACGCCGUUAAACACGAUAACGUACUGUCGAUGUACGGGUUUUGCUUCCAUUCGACGGGAUCUUGUUUGAUAUAUCAAUUUAUGGCAAACGGAUCACUCGAAGAUCGAUUACAGUGCAAAAGCGGAACGAAUCCAUUAUCCUGGAAGAUGCGUGGUAACAUAGCGACAGGAAUAGCAAGAGGCUUACAGUUUUUGCACAAUGUUGAGACGCCUUUGAUCCAUGGCGAUAUAAAAAGUGCCAAUAUACUUUUGGACUCUAACCUUGAGCCUAGAAUAGGAGAUUUCGGGCUCGCUAGGACCGGACCACUGCGGGAACAAUUAAUUAACAAAAGCGUUGGAUUUGAUGUCAGCCACGUGUGUGGCACAAAGCCUUAUUUACCUGAAGAUUUUUGUAGGAGCAGAAAACUAUCGACAAAAGUGGACACUUACAGUUUCGGUGUGGUGAUGUUCGAAAUCGCGACCGGUCUAAGAGCGUUCAACAGGUACAAAAGUUACAAAUAUUUGAAAGAAUUGGUGAAUAAACAUGACAAACCUUCGAUAGCAAAUAUCGCUGACAAAAUGGCCGGACAUGAUUCAUUUCAUAUUUUUGAAAUACUUAUAACUUUAGGUAAAGCGUGCGUGGCAGAUAUAGCUGAGAGUCGUCCAGAAAUGGUAGUUGUUUACAUGAAUCUAAAAAACGUUUUGUCGUCAGAUACCAACGUAAUUAAUGUUGAAACGAGCGGCGAGAAGCAUAACAAUAUGGCAAAUGUACACUUAAAGGAAACCAAAAAUCCGGAUAUCAUAAAAUUGAACGAAAUAAAGGCAUCUCUGUUAGCACCGCUCAAUGAGAUUCCGUCAAUAUCGAACUUGUACUCUAGUCCUGUGCACGAAGCCGAUCCUCGGAAAAUCAUAACUACAGAAGUAAAAUCCGUCAGCAAUGAGAUUUCGGAUGAAGGUUUUUUUACGACCGACUUUUAAGUAAUCGAGCCAAAUAACAUUUCACGCGAUAUUAUGAAAAUAAUUAGUUAGAUACUGCUAACCUGCAUGCAGACCAAUAUUGUAAUACCUAAUCAUAUUAUUUUAUUACGUCUUAUAAACUAUAUCAAGUUGACAAGUUCACUACAACCUAUACCUAUUUAUACUUAAACAUUAUUAUGUAAUACACCAUGUUACCAUGUAGGUAUAAAAUAUAUUGAAUUGUAUUUAGCACGUUACGUAUUUAAUUUAAAAUACUCGUUUUUGUUAAUACAUAUUUUUAACAUAUUGUAUCAAUGUACUAUAAUGCGAUCUAUCAAAUUGUUAUUUUCAUUUUCUUUUAAACUUGAUUAAAAUGUUAUAAUAAUUAUCAUUAUUAAUGAAUAGUUCUUAUCAUCAUUA